AGAAUUGUAGCGCAUGCCUCGCAGCUCCGCUUGUAAACGACAUAUUGAAGCGUUCUCAUGAACUAUUAGAAGGAAAAUGAAUGUAUUGAGCAAGGAACAAAUUAUUUUUGGUUAACUAAUAUUUAAUUGAUUUGUUUCGUCUUUAAGUAUUACGGUAUCAGUGUUAUCAGUUUACUAUAAAAAUGUGUUUGUAUUAAUAAGACAAUGCGAGGAAAAUUUUGUUUGUUAUAUUGACAAAUAUACGCACAAUUUCUGCGAUAAGCGUUGAUUAGAAGGAAACAAAGUGAAUGCAAUAUGAGUGAAGAAGGAAUUACUAUAAGUUAUGACUCAGCCAUAGAUGAGAAGUACAGAAUUUAUGCGAGCAUAUCCUUCGCUGUACUAUUGCUGGGUCUCGGAGUUCCUCUUUGGUGGCAUACCACCACGUUGCCGCGUGUCACGCUCCCUUACGAUGGAAUCGAGAAACUUUCCGAUUUAGAAAUCAACGUUAAAACCAAACUCGUCGUUGUUACACUUUCUCAAGAUCGAAGUGAAUCGUUGGUUCGCGAUAUAACAGAAGCUUUUCAAAAUGCCAGUAUUCAUCGGAUAGAGGUGGUUCAUCAUGUGAUAUCCAGUAAUUUAGUAGCUUCUGCGUUUACACAUCAUGAACUAGAGAAGGUAGCCUCUAUCUUUGAUGUCGCUGUUGGACAACUUUUGCUUUUGGAAACGAGCAAUUUGAACGACGCGGUUCUUGUCGGCACGAAAAGGACCAUUUACUUUUCUACGGAAACCACUGCCUCUACUUUGAUUCAAGUAUUAUCGGAAUGGCUGUUACACGAAAAGUCGUUGGCUUUAACGAGAAACGCACUUACCGAACCGACAUUGUACAGUUUAGACGAGGAAAACAGAAGGAGAUUCCCGGCUAGUCCGGCUUACGACGUACUAAUCACUGUUGUGAACCCUGAUCCAGAAAAAUUGAAGGUUACUUGGGAUCUCCGUGCAAUGACCGAGGAAUAUAUCGAUCCUUUCCUCAGUGAACUUUCAAUCUUGAGUAAUUUUUCGGUCAAGUCGCAGUGGUUGUACUUACUCCCUUUGGAUGUGAAUCCAAAACGAGUACCGGACAGUGGGGUGUUAGGCAGGCAUUUUGCAUUGCCAGAAGAUCUUCUACCUCAAUUAAUUACUCCAUUAGAAAAGAAAUUAGCAUCGCAAGUCAGUCUCCGUCCAACAAUCAAUUUCGUCAUCUAUGCUGUUCCAUGUGAUAAUGCACCAUUGCAUAUUUAUACGCGUUCCGGCCAUCGAUCAAAAAUUGUCGCUAAUGUCGAAGCGUUCCUAUCCCCAAGGUGGGGCGGUGUAAUGUUGAUCAAUCCACCCCUGGCUGCUUGCAUAGUUGCCAACCGAUCAAUUGUUAUAGUUCCCGAAGAAACUACCGUUGUUGGAACUUUCCUUACCCAAUUAAAGCUUCUUUUAGGUAUUCCCGAGCCGAAAUUUUUAAAUGGCGUUACUGCUGUUUCUUCAUCGGAAUUGAAACUGCGUGAUUGGGAAGUUGAUGCAUUGCUACGUGUGCGAACAAUCGAGCAGUUAACAUCGGCAAAAUUGACUUUGCAGUCACUUGCUCAACUUCUUCAAGAAAUUAGUAACAUUGUAAUCACAGAUAUUGUAGGAAACAGAAUAAAAACAGCUUUACAUUUGGUAGAAAAAUCGGCUGAACGGUUAAACGAUGGCGAUCUAGCUACAGGUUUUCUGUUGAGUAAAGAAGCGUUUGUUACCGCAGAAGCAGCCUUUUCUGAUCCAACACUCUUUGCUCUGUUGUAUUUUCUUGAAGAUCAAAAAUAUGCUGUAUAUACACCUCUCUUUUUACCAGCCAUGUUGCCAGUUUUAUUUUCUCUAAAAAAUAUUUAUUACUAUUAUUCAUCCCGAAAAACCAAUAAUUCAAAGAAGAAGACUGCGUUAGACCAAAAUAAACAAGAGUAA